AUGCGUCGUUUACUCGUCGCUUCGAUCGCUGCACUCGGCCUCGCCGGUGCAUUUGCCCAUUCCGGCGGCAAUGACAACCUAAUUCGUCGUCGCAAGACCCUCGGGUUUGGCCCUGUUCAUCCGCACGCUGUCUACCACGCGGAACCUGCCUAUUCAUCCAGCAGCUUCGUAGGCGCGAACAGUGACCCCUAUGAGGUUGCGCAGCGCUUCGUCGAAGAGAUCACCCGUGACUCAUCACCCGCAAGCUCGUUCGUGAUCCGCAAGGACUCAUACACCGACAAGAGCACGGGCGUCACACAUAUUUAUGUCCGCCAGUACAUGCACGGCAUUGAGGUUGCAGACGGUGAUAUCAACCUCAACGUGAAGGACGGCGUCGUUCUGUCAUAUGGUGACUCGUUCUACCGCGGUGCUGAGCAAGAUCCGUUCAUCCCUGCCCUCGCUAGAGGUCUUCCUGAUGUCCACACCGAGCAUUGUGUCAGCCUUUUCAACGAGCUCGAGACGCGGGCAAUCCAGAUCGAGGAGCUGGUAACAAAUGAGGAGUUGUACAGCACGCAGGGUGAUCAGGUUGCGCUCGGUCGCUCUGAUCCUUCCGCCAUUGCCGAUGAAGUUUAUGGUGACCUUCCGUACUUGUUUGACUGGAACUGCGCACACGUCCAGACUCCCUUUGUGAUGUCGUACCACCCUGCGUUUUCUGGUCAGGAGGACUCGUUUGGCGACCCCACUCGGGCUCUGCUACAGUUCAUGAUCGCAGCGACGCCGAAUGAGAAGCUCGCGCAGAAGCUGCAGGUCAACCCAUCUGAGUACCUCGACAAGAUGCAGUCGACUUGGGAGACGCACUUUGUCGGUGGUCACGGUACCAUCUCGGCUACGGUUGACAACGUCCCUGAUGCCGUCAGUCCUGUCAAGGCCAAGGCGGCCUUUGUGCAGGUCCCUAACGGCGAUUCGACUUCUCUCGAGCUCGUGUGGAAGUUCGAGGUCGAGAUGGAGGACAACUGGUACGAGGCUGCUGUGUCCGCUGCGCUCCCCCACCGCAUCGUCUCCGUUGUCGACUGGGCGUCCGACUCUCCGAUGCCCGUCGCCCCGAUUCCGCCAACCGAGCACAAGCCCGGGCUCUAUAAAGUCUUUGCCUGGGGCGUCAACGACCCGACUGUCGGCAACCGCUCAGAUGAGAAGGAGAACUUUGAUCGCGCUGCGAGUCCCGCGGGCUGGCACUCACUUCCGUAUGCGAACGACCCACUGAUGCUUGCGACUCGGGUCAAGAGUGGACCGAAGGGCGAGACGUUCCGCAACACAACCACGACGUGGGGUAACAACGUGUUUGCACACGAGAACUGGGAUGGCCGCAACGACUGGAUGUACAACUACCGACCUGACGCUGGCAAGGAGAUGGUGUUCGACUACCCUUACGACCCGCAGGUGACGGACCGUACGGAUGCGCUGGACGAGGCGAAGAAGCAUAUCAAUGCGACGGUCACGCAGUUGUUUUACACGGCGAACCUAAUUCACGAUCUUUACUACCGCUACGGUUUCGACGAGGUCUCGGGCAACUUCCAGCAGCACAACUUUGGUCGCGGUGGAGAAGAGAACGAUGCUGUCAUCACGAAUGCGCAGGACGGUAGCGGAUACAACAACGCGAACUUCAUGACGCCUCCUGACGGCCAGAACGGCCGCUGCAGGAUGUACCUCUGGAAUACCGCCAUGCCGUACCGUGACGGCGACAUGGAGGCGGGCAUUGUCAUUCACGAGUACAGCCACGGUCUUAGCACUCGUCUGACUGGCGGUCCCGCCAACUCUGGCUGUCUCGGCUGGGGCGAGUCCGGCGGUAUGGGCGAGGGCUGGGGCGACUUCCUCGCGACGACGAUCCGGAGCACGAAGAAGUACUCGGACUACGCGAUGGGUGCGUGGGCGGCAAACCGGCCGACCGGCAUUCGGAACUACAUGUACUCGCUGAACACGACAAUCAACCCUUCCACGUACAAGACGCUGGACAAGCCGGGCUACUGGGGUGUGCACGCGAUCGGUGAGGUGUGGGCAGAGCUCCUGUGGGUUGUCUCGCAGCGCCUCAUCAGCAAAUACGGUUUCGUCGACACGCUGUUCCCGCCCGAGCCGCUCGAGAACGGCACCAUCCCCGAGGGCGACUUCUACCGCCCAGCCGAGUUCACGGAGGCGGGCGUGCGCAAGCCCCUGAUCCCCAAGCACGGCAACUCGUUGAUUGUGCAGCUCGUGAUCAACGCGAUGAAGCUACAGCCAUGUCGGCCGUCGUUCUUCGAUGCUCGUGACGCUAUCAUCUCUGCCGACCAGAUCCUGACUGGCGGCGAGAACCAUUGUGACCUGUGGGUUGCGUUUGCUGAGCGCGGGCUUGGUCCUGAUGCAUCGGUUGAGGGCCGUACGCCGUGGGGUGGAGGAGUCCGCACUAACGACUUCGACGUCCCUACGAAGUGCAAGUCUUCGCAGUAG